GCGCGUGGCUUCUGGAUCCCGGAGCCCUGCCUCUGUCUGACUAUAAAGGGUUAAGGGACCUUGUCCCCCCACCCCCUUCCUCCCGCCUCCUCCCGCCUCCACCCCAGGCUCUUCCUGUCCUGAAGUUGCAAUACCCCAUCUGCCUCUCUCCCUUCCCCUCCCACCUCUUCUCAGCUCAAGUUUUCUCGGAGUUCUCCCGGCUCCGGGCCGCCUUCCGGGUUUGAAGUCCUCCGGACUGGGCUGUGUCCCCGCCCAAGUCUCAACCCUCCACUCCCCGACCCGAGGCCCAGGCUCCGCUGGGGAGACGCAAGGACUGUGUCGCUGCCACUGUCGCGGGCUGCCACUGCCCCAGCCCUGAUGGGGGAUUGAGAGGCCACAGCUGGCCGGACAUGGGCCUCCCCACCGUGCCUGGCCUGCUGCUGCCACUGGUGCUUCCGGCUUUGUUGGCAGAUGUGUACCCCGCAAGGGUUCAUGGGCUGGUCCCUCAACCUGGGGACCUGGAGAAGAAAGAGAGUUCCUGUCCCCAAGGAAAAUAUAACCACCCUCAAAAUAGCACCAUUUGCUGCACCAAGUGCCACAAAGGUACCUAUCUGUACAAUGACUGUCCGGGCCCGGGGCUAGACACGGACUGCAGGGUAUGUGCCUCUGGCACCUACACUGCCUUGGAGAACCACCUCAGACGAUGCCUGAGCUGCUCCAGGUGCCGGGAUGAAAUGUUCCAGGUGGAGCUUUCCCCUUGUACAGUGGACCGGGACACCGUGUGUGGCUGCAGGAAGAACCAGUACCGGGAAUACUGGGGUGAAACUGGCUUCCGGUGUCUGAACUGCAGUCUCUGUCCCAACGGCACAGUGAACAUCCCCUGCCAGGAGAGACAGGACACCAUCUGCCACUGCCAUAUGGGCUUCUUUCUAAAAGGCGCCAAGUGCAUCUCCUGUCAUGAGUGUAAGAACAAGGAAUGUGAGAAAUUAUGUCCAACCCGAACUUCAACUGGUAAAGACUCUCAGGACCCAGGCACUACAGUACUAUUACCCCUGGUGAUUGUCUUCGGGCUUUGCCUGGCAUCCUUCGCCUCUGUCGUUUUAGCAUGUCGCUACCAGCGGUGGAAGCCCAAGCUCUACUCCAUCAUUUGCGGGCAGUCGACUCUGGUAAAAGAGGGGGAGCCAGAACUCCUGGCCCCGGCCCCAGGCUUCAACCCCACAAGUUCCAGUCCUGUCUCCAUUCCCCCUUACAUCCCCUGUGACCGGUCCAGCUUCAGAGUCGUCACAUCUCCCUCCAGCGAAAUGGCCCCGCCCCAUCUAAAGGCUGGCCCCAUUCUCCCGGGGCCUCCGGCCUCCACCCACCUCUGCACCCCAGUUCAGAAGUGGGAAGCCAGCGCCCCGAGUGCCCCCGAUCAGCUCGCGGAUGCCGACCCUGCGACCCUGUACGCGGUGGUGGACGGCGUGCCACCGUCGCGCUGGAAGGAGUUGGUGCGGCGGCUGGGACUGAGCGAGCACGAGAUCGAGCGGCUGGAGAUGGAGAACGGGCGCCACCUGCGCGAGGCGCAGUACAGCAUGCUGGCGGCCUGGCGGCGGCGCACGCCGCGGCGCGAGGCCACGCUGGAGCUGCUGGGCCGCGUGCUCAGGGACAUGGACCUGCUGGGCUGCCUGGAAAACAUCGAGGAGGCGCUGGGUGGCCCCGCCCGCCUUGCGUCCGAGCCCCGCCUUCUCCGGUGAGGCCCCGCCCCUCCGACUGCGGGCCGCCCCGCCCUGCGGACGGCUGCUUCCUUCCUGCGCCAGGCAGCCCGGAAGGACCUGCGAGAUGCCCUCUGGACCUCCUGGUUUUUUUCUGGAGAGGAAGAGUCUUGUAGGAGCAGGCACGAUCUGGCAGCCACUGACCUGGUGCUACUCCCUCAGUGUACAUAGCUUUUCUCGGCUGCCUGAGGACUGCUGGCUUGUCAGCUGUGUGUAGUAUGUGUGUGUCUCCGUGUAGCGUGUGUCUGCGUGCAGUACGUGUGUCUGCGUCUCUGUAUGUGCGUCUGUGUGAUGUGGAGUGUGUGUACUCGUGAGAGAGGCCGAGUGUGCCCAGAGCCCAUGGCAGUGGUUGCGAAAAUGAGGGGCGCCCUGCCUCAUUGCCUGUUUUUUUGGACUUGGAGAACCCAGCAAGGCAACUUGGGGAUCCUACGUUCGUCCCUGAGCCGGUUUCGCAGUAGAUAAGCCAUCUUUGUAUCCACUCUGCACAUCCACUCAUCCAUUCUGUACACUAAUAGAAACUUGUCCCCCUGCCUGGACCAGCUGAACUGUCCCUAGGCAGGGGGUGAGCACAGAACAAUGGGGCCUCCCAAGGGAGCUGUGGACUUCUGUAAAUACACUAAAAUCCUCCAAUUAAAGCUCUGCCCUGGAGGGA